AUGCCGCCCACAAACGCCAUCAAAACCUUCCUCUCCACCCCGCACUUCGCCGUCCUCGGCGCCGUCCCCGACCCCUCCCGCUACGGCCACAAAGUCUUCGCCUGGUACCACGCCCACUCCCUUCCCGUCACCGGCAUCCACCCGCGCACACCCACACUCACGCUCCCGCCCUCCACGACCCCCUACCCCACCCUCGCGUCGAUCGCGGACCUGCCCGACCCGGCCAACACGGCGCUGUCGUUCAUCACGCCACCGGCGGUGACGCUGGAGGUGCUGAAGGCCGCAAAGGGGCUGGGGGUGAGGGCGGUGUGGUUCCAGCCCGGCGCGGCGGACGUGGCAUGUGUGGGCUUUGCGGAGGAGGCGGGGAUGACGGUCGUGGCGGGGGGUAGGUGUGUUUUGGUGGAUGGGGAGGAGGGGUUGAGGAGUGUGGGGAGGCUGUAG